UGUUCACUGUUGAGAAACUUUCUGAUAACACACUUAAAACUGUGAUUGUCAGGAUGUUCAAUGAAACCGUGACUGGAGAUGAUAUUUGUGUUUGGUUGGGUAGAUUUUGCACUGUUCGAGGCCAGCCUGUCAAAGUGUUAGAUGAAGAUGGCAUUUGGACAUGCUCCUGGCGAAUUCCCAUUAAACAAUGGGAAGACGCUGGGGGCUACCAGGGCCUGAAGCAUCUGCCUUCCAUGAUUGUGCUCGGAGAGUACAGAGGCUACAUACAUUAUCAAGGAAUGCCCAAACUCUGCAGAAAGUGUGCAAGGUUUGGUCAUCUAGCUGAAGCAUGCCAAGAGUUAAUCUGUGGGAAGUGUAGAGAAAUUGGUCACAGUUUUGAUGACUGUACCAAUGGCAGACGGUGCAAUCUUUGUGGAGAAACAAACCAUCUCUACAGAGACUGCCCUAAAAGUUUUGCCAACAAGCUAAAAAUGGCCGCCCCACAUGGGCAACAAACAAAGGAACAAAGGAGAGAGGAGGCGGUCCCUGAGGUUUUGGCGGGAAUUUCAAAUUCCCAGCCGGCCUCAGGGAUUGGGCAGGAAGGAGGAAGUGGGGCGGCCACAGGGGCGGAGGCAACGGAACAGGAAAUGGUAAUGGAAGGAGAGGAAAGUGAGGAAGAGUCACUGGUAACAGUUUCGGAUGGGGUGGAAGAAUCCACCGGGAGUGAGACACAGUGUUCACUCCCUAAUGCUCAGGUGCAAAAAAGACCUGCGGGGUCUCCUCUGAUUGUAACGGAGGAGAAAAAAUCUAGGGCAGCAUAUAAGCUCGAUAGUUCCGACUCGGUAGAUCUGGAGCGCAUGUGGCCCCUAGAGUCCCCAAAUGAGGUUUCCUUUUUGCACAUUAAGCUAACAGCAUCAUCGCCAAAGGAGCCACAAGAGGUUCCCUCUGUGGCCUCUGAAGCGACAGGCAUUUGCCCUCCUGACCUCAGCUCAUCUGGGGAAAAGGAAAGACAAAUGCUACAAGAUGUAACAUGAUUUUAAUCAUAUUUUUGUAGUCUUUUUAUUGUCUUCUGUUUUAAAUGCCUCAUACCUUUUUAACCCUACUGCUCAUGGCCCUCACCAUCUCUACUAUCAAUGUCAGAAGUGUGAGGUCCACCAUUAGAGCACAGAGUAUUUUGUCCCUUUUAAAAUCUUUUAAGUCAGAUUUGUUUUUAUUACAAGAGUGUUCUCUGCCCUUUUU